AUGGCCCACGACAUCGCGGCAACACGCUUCAGCGGGUCGCUUACCGACUACUGCACUAACUACGACGCUCGUUGCAGUGUUGGCGCUGGAACAGGCAUGAGAGUCGCCCGCAUGCUAAUUGGCAAUCGCACUCUGGCAAUGGACUUGAACAACCCCGAUCCCGAGCGCGCACCAAUCAGGCCCGGUGCCGAAAACGCCCGCUCUCGCGAGUCUUCUGAUCUCUUUCAGCCCACAACAAAAGCGUUUGAGCGCGCCCCGUCCGCCGCGAGUCUGGUCCUUUGCGAGAGGGCGUACGAGCGCAUUGCUCCUCUUGUAGACAAUCCCGCCAUCCUCAGCCCAACAACGCGUCACGCGCUGCUAGUGGAACGCGCCCAACAACCAGGAGGCGGUACGCCGAAGACCCUACUCAAAGAUCUUCGGAACUGGUGGCAAGGAGGACAGACGAUAGACGCCCUAGUUGGCAAUUACAAGCUUUGCGGUGCAACAAAGGGAACUUGGAACCGUGGUCGCAAACGCGCAGCCAAAGGGGAGCUUGCAGAGGUAGGCCCGUCCGCACUAAAUCCUUAUCAAUUGAGCGAUCAGGACCGCCAGUACAUGCGAGAAGUGAUUGAGACCUACUACUUCCACGAAAAGAAAGCGCGCACUCUAACGGCCACCCUGCAACACCUUCAUGAGACGCACUACACCUACGUUGACGGGAACGGAAUCGAGUGUUUACGUAGUAGUCGAGAGUGCCCCAGCUACCGACAGUUGGACUACUUUCUCAAACAGAACUAUCCCCUUUCAACUCGACUGACCCGUCGCAAAGGCGAGAAGCGAUUUGCCCAGGAAGACCGGUCUACUGAGGGGUCCAUCCAAUUGGAAUGUCAUGGUGCCGGACACCUCUAUGAGUUCGACGCGACCAUAGUUGAUGUGUCCUUGGUAUCAACGAAGGACCGAAGAAACAUAGUUGGAAAACCAACGCUGUAUCUGAUCAUCGACCGACACAGCCGCCUCAUUGUAGGUUGGUAUCUCGGGUUCGAGGCCGCUUGCUAUUCCGCAGCAAUGCAAGCGCUGCUAAGCAUAGGUGAAGACAAAAAAGCCCUUUGCGACAGGCUCGGAAUCACAUACGACCCCGAUGACUGGCCUGCACACGGCGUCCUGCCGGAGAUGUUCCUGGCAGACCAAGGCGAGCUCAUCAGCAAAGAAGCGCGCAGGAUUGGAAGAUCUCUGCGCUGCACUAUCUCAAAUGUGCCAGGGCUGAGGCCUGACUGGAAGCCGUUAGUUGAAUGCGGAUUCAAGAUGAUUCACCAAAUCAUCGCACCCGACACGCCAGGCUAUGCACCUGAUGCAGAAGUCAGGAAGCGUCGCGCCAUCAACGUUGAAAAGCAAGUUUGUCUGAACAUUCACGAACUCACGGUGAUCAUCGUCGCCGCGAUCAUCCAACACAAUAAGACGAUGCAGGUAGCCUAUCCAUUGUCCAUUGCGCAAGUGGCCGAUGGGGUACGGCCAGUUCCUCGAGAACUUUUCGAGCACAGCGUACGCCGUCGUAUGGGGUCACUCGACCGCAUGAAUUUCGACAAAGUUCGGGAAGAACUCCUGCCUCGAGACAAAGCAGUGGUAACCGCUGAUGGCGUGGCGUUCAGAAAAUUAUUCUUCUCUUGCCCAGAAGCGAAGGAGCGCGGUUGGCUCGUGCAAGGUCGGAAAAAGCGUGAGCCUAUCGAAGUGGCAUUCGAUCCCCGCCUCGCCGAUGAAAUCAUCAUCUACUCACCGAACGGAAGUGGGGAGUCUUUCGUCGCCAUGCUGACGAAGGACAGCGUGGAAUUCAGGGGCAUGAGUUUCAAAGAAGUUCGGCAGCACUUUGCGGACAUAGAUCAUCUGACUGCCGACGCCCAGGAAUCAAAGCGUCAGGCAAAUUAUGAAUUCAGGAAACUCACACAACCUGUCAUUGACGCUGCAAUUUUGGAAACCAAGAUUGCUACUAAGGGGCGGUCGCGCUCCAGCCGCCGCAAAGAUGUGGCACCAGCGCGGGCGUCCGAACUUAAGCAUGAACGCACUGCCGUGGCUGGGCUAUCGAUUCAGCGCUCCGUACACGCCCAGGAGUUCACGCCACUUGCUUUGGAGCCUCUGGAUCCCAAGGUUGUUUCAAUCAAACGCACCUCCCACGUGGACACACUGCAAUGCCAGACAGCAGCGGAAAGCAUCUCUCGCGAAAAAAACCCUCCACCUCGCCCCCCUACUCUUGCAGAGCGUAUGGCAGAGUUUCGUCGUCGAAUGUAG